AUGGGAAAGGAUGGCCCGAAACAGGGGAAUUACGUUGUGGCUGUGAUGGAUGCAGUCAAGUGUCCUAUUAACAUAACAUUGUUCCUAAUAUGCGUUUUGCUUGUUUAUUUAAGUCUAAGGCCACUGUUAAGAAAAAAGAAGUCUCAGAAAUGUGAAGUCCCGAAAAUGGGGAAACGUGAUUUUACACUAGAAGAACUUCAGAGUUUCGAUGGCAGCGGCGAACAUAAGAGAAUAUUAAUAGCAGUUAAUGGUAAGAUAUUCGACGUCACAGAUAAAGGACAGGGAUUUUAUGGCAAGGGUGCACCGUACGCUGCUUUUGCCGGUAGAGAUGCAUCAAGAGCACUUGCAUGCUUCAACCUCGAAACAAAAAAUGACUAUGACGACCUUACUGAUCUAACUGCUGAUCAAAUGCAAACCCUAAGAGAAUGGGAACUACAAUUUUCCGAGCGUUAUGAUCAUAUUGGACGACUUUUGAAGCCAGGAGAGCCUCAUAGGGUUUAUGAAGCCAAUGAUGGAGAAGAUGACGUUGGAACCAACCAUGUUCAAAGUGCACUUAAAAAAAAAGUAACUUGA